AUGGCCAAGACGGAUCCAGUGCCGUUGACGAGGUCUCCGGCCGAAAUCUCGACGCUCAACUCACUACGAAGUCUGCCAGAUUUUCUGCAGUACUCUCAACGUCCUCAAUCAGGCGACCCCAACGACCGUGGACGAAACGUAGUAACGUCAAGCGUGACGGCGCUCCGUUCACUUUGCAACACCCAGGGACGAUGCCAAUCCGUCUCGAAUACUGCAGAGCCUGGGUCAUUGCAACGAUGGCUCGCUCUCGCCGAAAUCUCCGCAGAACUCGACGAUGACGUCCAGAACCUCGAGCGAGAAAUUCAGGUUCAUGAACGCAAGCGAAGUGCGCUGGAAAGAUCCAACUUAACGAAGUUGCCACCUGCGGAAUCGUGCGAGCUGGGAACCAAGUUGCAGUGUCUUCAAGAAGUACUGGGAACGGCUCGCUUUCGAACGUAUUGUCGGGAUCUGUUCAUGUUGGUUAGGAAUCUGCGUCUGCGCUUAGAUCUGUACGGCUUUCGUCUGCUAGCGUUUGAGCGACAUUUGUGCAGAGAUCGCCUUGUGUCUGUCGAGAAGCUGCUGUGGCUCAUGAAUGAGACUGAACGUUGUCUUCCUACGCCCGAAGAGACAAACCGACCAGAGUCAACGAUGGCAGAAUCCUCACCACCAAUUAGUCGCGAAGACUUUGCACUAUUGUUUCAGCAUUGCAGCGGUCCGGAAACCCCUGAAGCUGUGGUAGUCACAGAAGGAUUUAUGACAUUACUCCGCAGUCUUCCGCUGGAGAGGACGACGGUAGUGCGUUACGUAUUCGAACAACUCGCGGACAGUCGAAGAGGAGAAGGCUAUCGUCCUCCCCCCGACUACACGAGGGUCCACCAUAUUCACGCCGCGAUCAAGUUACAGCGUAGCCACUGUUCUACUGCAGAGAUGGAAGCUGCUGAAGCUUGGCUUCAAGUCGUGGGGACUGAGGCAGUCACGCUUCAAGAUCUGCUCCAGUUUCAUCUCACUGUUAGUGAUGCGCAUGUGUCAGAAGACGCUCAGUUUGUGCGCUUCGUGCAGCGGAUGUGGGGAUUCGACCCCUUAGCAGUGAAAGACGCGGAUCGUGGAGACGCAAUCCAACGCUUGGUCGAAAACUACACGGCCAGAUGCAAUUUACUUGAGCUGAUUACGCGGAAACGAGAACUUCUUGCGAAGAUUCCGGGGGCCCAAGCGAGAAUUCGGUCAGCCGCCACGUUACUGGAGUCCGAGCUGCAACAUCUUCGAGCUUUGCAAGCUCCAGCAGGACUGAGUCUCUGGUUGCAGUGUGACGAAGAUCUUCGUUUGAGUGGGAAUAAACUGACCUCGUUGCCUAGUGCAUUGGUGGCCAUUCCAAAUUUGGAAAUUCUAGAUCUGUCCAGAAAUAUGAGCAAUCAGCUGCGGAUGCUUCCGGUGGAAAUCGCAGAGUGUACCCAACUGCAAACUCUUCACGUAAAUGACAAUUCCUUGCAGUCAUUACCAAAGAAGUUAGUGCAAUUGCCGUAUCUGGAGACUCUAAAUGCUGCACACAAUGAACUCACUGAGAUCCCUUCCGAGUGGCAUGCGUUCGAGACUCAAAACGAUGGCUCUAGAGUACUCCACUCACUGAUGCUGCGCCGAAAUCCACUGAGUAACAAAAUUCUCAUGAGUAUCGUGGACGGAAGUACCGACAGCUCGCUGUAUUCUACGACAACAGGGUUGAACGAAGAUGAAGAAGGACUCAGUAAUAGGUCAAAGUGGCGUGGUGUGGCUCGUGACGUGUGUCACUACCUGGAGCAGCGCCUUCGUGCAAUGCAGCGACCGAGUACGGGUCGACAUUCUGCGCCAUUAAGAGCUGAUGUGAAGAGUUUUGAGCGGUUGAUCCGAGCGUUGCCAUUCACGUGCUCCAAGCGGGAAUUGACGCACCUCGUAAGGCGCUUCAUCGUGUUGGACGAUGCUGAAGAUGAAGAACCGACCAAACGUACCCGUCAGAUCGACGGUCUGGCGUUCCUGCAGGCUAUUGAGCGGUUCGGACGAUGGCGAUCGAUCUCAACGCCAUCAAAGCGAUCAAUGAACUCGGUUUUAAAGCCUGUAGCUGACUCUGCAGGGCCCAUUAUUCAGUACCUCGUGGUGCUGCAUAGGCGAAUGCAGCAAGAACAGGAAGUUACAGAACGAGGUCGAAGCGCUCAACAGAAGCUUCAGUUCAAGAAAAAACUACGCAGGCAAAAGGAAACUGCAAAGACGCCGGGAAAGAAGAACCCUGGCGUUGCCAAGCAGAAAUUGUCCCCCUCAAGGAACCGAGCUUCACAGCAACCCAUGAAGCCCAGCAAAGCUCGAGCGGAUGUACUUGCCGAUCGACAGCGACAACGCAUCCAAGUGCUCGAACAGCAACUCGUUGACCAGAAGCUGCUGCUCCUUGCUCGUCAACAGCCUAAUGUUGGCAGAAACAGGAGUUCCGAGGACAACAACGACUCUGCAAUUGCUCCAGCCGAUCUCGCAUUGGUCUCAGAUAAGGACAGGAGAGAACGUCAGACAGGCGAUGGCACAGUCACUAUCAGAGUUAAAUGUCCGCUUUUGCGCGAGAAGAUCGGAAACCAGCAGAUGCACACGAUGGAAAAUAAUGCAUGUCUGGAUUGCUGCCUACAUGUACAGUCAGAUGAAUCGGUGCUGCACUUGAAACACCAGCUUGAAGCUCAAACUGGAGUACCAGUCGAUCAUCAAAUUCUAGUCACCAAUAGCGGACGUCGUGGGGCACCUGCUAUUCGUCUACGAAACAACUCAAAGCUGCGCGAAUACUCCGAGCAUGUGGGUGGCUGGGCGCCAGGCCACUUGACAUUCCGAGCCAUGUCUGUUAAGCUCCAAUGUGAGAUGGCAUAG